UGUUCGGUUUUAACAACAUAAUGACGAGGUUGGGCUCUCCAAGAUCUGGAGGGCCCGCGGUUGUAUCUUCGCCGAGAAGCCCGAAAGCUGGGGAGGUGGGCGAAAUCGACACUCGGGCACCUUUCCGGUCUGUUCGGGCAGCUGUUACUAUGUUCGGUGACGUUUCUUCCCCGGGUGGUGAAAAAAGCUUCAUAAGGAGGCGAGGAAAUUCCGACGAGAGAGUGUUGGAGAAAGAAACACAAAUUCAUUUAGCAAUGAAAGAGCUGGAUAAAUACAAGGAGCAUCUAAAAACAGCUGAGAUUUCGAAAACGCAAGCGAUGCGUGAUCUCGAGAAAGCAAACAAAACGCUUCAAGAACUAACCAACAAGCUGGAAGCCGCGAGCGAGGCCAAACAAGCCGCAAUGGAAACAACCGAAAUCGCAAAGAACCGCGCCAGGGAACUCGAGGAAGCGAAAUCAAGCCAGUCUGAACUCUACGGGGGCACGUGGAAACAAAACGUAGAUAACGAACGCGAACAAUACAAAGCUUCCUCUGCCGAAUUAAUCGCGGCCAAACAAGAGCUAACCACUCUCAGGCAAGAUUUCGAUUCCGCAUUAGAGAAGAAACUUACUGCAUUUCAAGAAGCUGCAGACGCCCAGCAUGAAACGAAGGUCAAUCGCGAACGCCUGACCGAGCUUUCGCGACAAGUAAAGACGAUGAAGGAAGCUUUGAAUCAAGUAAAGACAGCGUCUUUACAAGCCAGGGAUGAACAAGCUAAGGUCAUGGCGGAGAAAGAAACAAAUUUGAAUUAUUUGAAAGUGAGUAAAGAGGAUAAAGAAAAGAAAAUACUUGCUUUGGAAAAAGAAAUUCUUCUUCUUCAAGGAGAUGAGAAUAUGGAAGUUGUUUUGGAGGAAAGAAACGAGAGGAUUGUUGUUUUACAGGAGCAGCUGAAUAGCGUUAAGGAAUCGGAUUUGGAAGCUUUUAGAAUCGCGAGAUUGGAACUCGAUGAAGCCGAGAAGCUUCUCGAUGAUUUGGAAAGCGAAGAGAGUUCGCUUGGGAAAUUGGAGGAUUCUUUGAAAUUGGAAUUGGAAUCUCUGUCAAAGAAGACCAUUGAAAUAAGGGAGAAAGCAGAGGAAUCUGAAUUAAAGGCGAUAAAAUUGAAGGAAGAACUCGAAACGCAUAAAACAGAGCUUGAACUCGCUCUUGUCGGAGAAGCGAAAGUGAAUGAAGAAACCCACGAAAUGCAUACGAGGAUUCAACAGCUGCUACAAGAAGCCGAGAAUGCUAAAAAACAGACAGAGGAAACCAUAACCUGCACGAAAGAAUUAAACAGAGAAACAGAGUACACUCUGAUCGCUGCAAAGGAAACAGAGGAGAAACUCGUAUUCGCCUUAAAAGAGGCUGAGAUCGCGAAGGCAGCCGCGAAGAUAGUCGGAGAUCGCAUUGUCGAAUCGUCGUCUCCUAGGCCAGACAUGAAAAAGCCAGACGGAAUUAAACUAAGCAACGAAGAAUUCGAAUUGCUGAGAGGGAAACCGGGCGAAUUCGAGAAGGCAGCCGAUAAGAAAGUGGCGGAAGCAACUGUACAAAUGGAGAUCAGAAAGAUGAAGGAGAAGGAAACGAUCUUGAAGCUGAGCGAGAGUUUGAAGGAGAUUGAAGAACUUAAGGCGUCGAUUGAAGACGCGUUAAAGAAGGCGGAAAUGGACGAUGCAGCCAUGAAAGUUGUCGAAGGCGAAUUGCAGAAAUGGAAGGAGAAUGAGAAAGAACAGAGUGAUGGUGAUCAUAUUGUUGGAGGAGAAGAAGAAACUGUAUCUAAUUCACUUAUCUAA